CGGAUGCGCCGCUGAACGACUCCUGCGAGAGCACCGCGCGCCCGAGCCCGCAGCAUGGCAGCCGCCGCCUAUGUGGAUCACUUUGCCGCCGAGUGCCUCGUGUCUAUGUCCAGCCGCGCAGUCGUGCACGAGCCGCGGGAAGGGACUGAGCCCCGGCCCGAGGGCGCGGCCGCCGCCGCCCCCACACUGCCCCGUGUUGACGAACGCCGCGACGGCAAGGACAGCGCCUCGCUUUUCGUGGUGGCGCGGAUCCUAGCGGACCUCAACCAGCAGGCGCCCGCGCCCGCCCCCGCGGAACGCAGAGAAGGGGCCGCUGCGCGCAAGGCGAGGACCCCCUGCCGCCUGCCGCCCGCGCCCCCUGCACCGCCGCCCGCCCCAGAACCCGCCUCCCCGGGACAAGCAGGCGCGCCGGCCGCGCCCCCCAGCCCCGCGUGGAGCGAGCCCGAGGCGGCACUGGAGCCGGAGCCGGGCCCCGCGGGGAGCGGCGAGCCCGGCCUCAGACAAAGGGGUCGGCGGGGCCGGAGUCGCGCCGACCUCGAGUCCCCGCAGAGGAAGCACAAGUGCCACUACGCGGGCUGCGAGAAAGUUUACGAAUCUUCGCACCUCAAGGCGCACCUGAGAACUCACACAGGUCAGUGGGGGCGGCCCGGAACGCCGCGAACGAGCGGACUAGGGACUGCUCGGGGGGGCCGGCCACGCCCCCAGAGCUCCCGGCCCAGCGCUAGAGGGGCUGGGGGGGGGGGCGGGGAGCCGGGAGCUGUGGGCGAUCGCGGCCGCGCCCCCUGCCCUGGCGCUCCGGCCUCGCGUGACGCUGGCCGGGGCGCUUGGAGCCGGCGCCCUCUCGGCGACCGCGCCCCCAUCGGGCACGCCCCCUCCGGGUUCUUGGGGCGGGGCCGCGGGGUAGAUGUCGUCAUCCGGGCUGCGGGCGGCGCGGGCAGGGUGCGCUCGAGCGGCGGCGCUGGCCGACGCGGGGGGCGUCCCAGUCCUGGCUCCCACCCGCGGCUCUUUGUAGGAGCCCCAGCCCAUCCGGCCGGCGCGGGGGCGCGCCCGGCCGCAGGGGGCUGCUCCGCUUUCUCUAGGAAGGCGCGCUCUGUUCCCUGCCCUUUCUGGCCCAAACUUUCUCACCUGCUCCUGGGCUGGGUGCGGGUAGGUGGCACCUGUACCAGGACGGCCCGCCUGAGCCUGCAACCUGGGGUGGCGUAG